CGCGACUAGCCUCCCUGAAACGCUGCUUUCUGCAGCUGCCGGCAGGCAGGGGAACAAGUUUAUGCUCAAGCCGUCGCGGCAGAAGCUCGCAUCGCCAUAGGUGAAGGAGGCAGCCAAGAUGAUGCGAUCCAGCACUGAAGUGCCAGUGCUCCUGCUGAUCCUUGUGGUGUGCCUGCAAGCCUCGUUACUUCUUGUCUCGGGGAAGACGUUGAAAGAAGGUGAAUGCGAAGUGUGUGUGGGUGUUCUCAAGAAGCUUCACACGAGGCUGGAAGUCGAGGAGAGGACCAAUGAGGACUCCAUCACAGCGGGCUUUAUGGAACUCUGCAAAGAUGUCAAAGGGCCAGAGCAGCGCUUUUGCUACUAUGUUGGUGGCCUGGAGGAGUCGGCUACAAGGAUCGUGGGCGAGAUGUCCAAGCCGUUCAGCUGGGGCAUGCCCCUUCUGAAGGUGUGCGAGAAGCUGCUGGCCAAGGACGCCCAGAUCUGCGACCUCAAGUACCCAAAGGUUAUCGAUUUGAAGACAGUGGACCUAAAGAAGCUGAAGGUCAAGGACCUCAAAAAGAUCCUCAACGACUGGGACGAGCGGUGCGAAGGUUGCGUCGAGAAGACCGACUUUGUCAGGAGGAUAGAGGAGCUGAAGAAGGUGCACAUGCGCGAAGAACUCUGACCUCUGCGUGGUGUUUGCGCUGCUGUACAGAUAGACCACCACCACCACAAUGGCUACCACUGCAAGGCGUGUCCUCUUCACUCCCGCUGGUCACCGACUCCUUUGUCCUCCUCCAUAACUGCUCCCCCUUUUUCGUUGUUGUUGGCAGGGCAGUGGAGUCCUUGGUUACAUUUUUGGGGAAAGGGUGGGUAGCAUUCUAAUUUAUCAACUUUUUACACUGCUUAUAUGUACAGGGCAUGAGUAAAGGACUGUCGCUUUUUUUUCUUCUCA